CCAUCUUCUCCCUUUUUUUUUUUCCUUAUCUCAGAACAUCUAUUAAGGAGGGAAAGACAGAAUAUCUGCAGAUGGACCUUUGAAUGUGGACGGUCUCCACAAUCCCUCACCCUUGAGCUGCUAAAAGAAUAUGGCUUUGAUGAAGUGAAUCCUCCACCUUUACGACAUGCAUGUAACAUCACAGUCCCUGGUGCUGCUGCUGGAUGGUGUGAUGCUUUCACAUUGUACGGAAGCAAAAAGCUUUCUAUGGAGCAGAUUUUGCAACCAGCAAUAGAAAUGGCUGAGAAGGGCUUUCCAGUAUCUGAGAUUACUUCUUAUCAGUGGAAGCAAGAUGCUCAUGUUCUUCAGUCACCUGGAAACCAACAUGGGAAGGACCUGUUGAUCAAUGGUGAAGCACCCGAGCAUGGCCAAAUCUUCCAAAAUCCUUUUUUGGCAAACACUUUUAAGGAGUUGGCAAAAUCUGGCAAAAGAGGGUUCUAUGAAGGCCACGUAGCUAAAGCGAUUGUGGAUGUUAUUCAGAGUAAUGGUGGAGUAAUGGAUUUAGGAGACCUGAAAAGUCAUGUCACUGAAGAAGUUGAACCUAUUGUCACAAAUUACAAGGGCAUGAAUAUUUGGGAAAUUCCUCCAAAUGGGCAAGGAAUCACAACUUUACUAGCGCUGAAUAUUUUAGAAAAUUUCAGUAUGAAAGACCUGGACCAUAAUUCUACACAUUACCUGCACAUUUUAAUUGAAGCUUUCAAGCUGAGCUUUGCUGAUAGUUUCUGGUUUUGUGCUGAUCCAGAUAAAGGAACAGUACCUAAAGCACACCUCCUUUCUAAAUCUUAUGCCAGAGACCGUUCAAAGCUAAUCAAUUUACAGAGAGCAACUGCCAAAUAUAGUCAUGGAAAUCCCUUCCCAGUGGGGGGUGACACAGUUUAUUUUAGUGUGGUGGAUGCCGAAGGCAAUGCCUGCUCUUUCAUUAACAGCCUCUAUAAAGGAUUUGGUGCAGGGCUGGUGCCAGAUGGCUGUGGAUUUACACUGCAAAACAGAGGAGCCGGUUUUUCACUACAGCACGAUCAUCCAAACUGCCUGGCCCCUCGGAAGCGGCCCUAUCACACAAUUAUACCUGCUCUGGCCACUGCUGCUGAUUCAGGAGAACUUUUGUGUUCCUUUGGAGUAAUGGGAGGAUUCAUGCAACCACAAGGUCAGGUGCAAGUACUGCUGAAUAUGUUUGAAUUUGGAAAGAAUCCACAAGAGGCUUUGGAUGCAUCUCGGUUUUAUAUGGAGUAUAGCAAAAAAAAUGCGUGGCAGGUGUUCUUGGAAGAUGGCAUUCCUCAAAACAUAACAGAUGAUUUGAGAGCCAUGGGUCAUAAUGUCAUGGAACCUGUACUUGGCUAUGCCAGGAGCAUGUUUGGACGUGGUCAAAUUAUCACCAAAGGAGAAUGGUGGAGAGAAAAAGCCCUCUCUUCUUCUUACAAUGUACUCUGGGCUGGAUCUGAUCCUCGAGCUGAUGGUUGUGCAUUGGGAUACUAGUGUGGAAGGAAAAAAUGGCUAGGUUAAAUGGAUAAAAUUAAAUUCCGAAGUGUCACAACGUGAUGAUAUAUUAGAAGACGGAGCAGGGGAGGUCAACAUCUGUUUGAUCUAGUACCAUAAUUUGAUGAUAACAGUCCAUGCUUUGCAGGGAGAAAUCCCAGGUUCAGUCAUUUCAUUUAUUUGCCUGUGACUUAGGAAAGUGAGACCCAUCUGCCACUCAGAUAAGAGAACACUGGUUAGACAAUACACUUGGCUGCUUUUUUCUUGUAAUGCUUAAUCAUGGCGUAUUAUACAAGCCAGAUAUUAGGAGAAGAGAAAAGUAAUCCUGAUUUGUUUGACCAAUUCUUGGUUUGUUUCCUCCAUGUUUUUUCUGCCAAUACUGAGAGAAGUAAGUGCAACACAAAACAAAACCAGAAGUAAGUCAGGGUUCCAAGUUUAAAAGACCUGUCUUAAAAUCAAGACCUGUAGAUCGGUAAAUCACGUUAUCCUAUUAUUUGUUGCAAAAAUCAUUUAUUUUUUAUUUUUUGAGAUGUGUUACUUAUGCAUCAUUUUAAAAACAAGAUUUAGUGUUUUGUAUAAGCUGAGUAACUGGAAGGUAUGUGAUUACAUCCUUACGAACUUUUUUUAGUCACAAUAAUAUAAAAUAUUUUUGUUGACACUUGUUUGUUCUUUAUAACAAACAUUAAAGAUUUAAACAACUGAGGAGCACAGGUCAUUUCUUUCUUAGCCUUUUCAGAAAUCAUUUGUACAAUGCAUGUUAUUUGUAUGUCUUAUCAACUACUGUUAUUGCAUUUUGAGACGAUGUUGGUAUUUGGAUUUUUAUGCAACACUUCUUUAUAAAGUAAAUAUAAAUGAUCUAAUCAGCAAAAAGAGAUAUCCACAAAAAGGAUUUGUUUCUCAGAAUAAUAUUUCUGAAUUCACUUUAAUGAAUGUUCUAGUAUGACAUGUCAUGUAAGAAAGACACAAACAAUUAAAAAAUGAACAGAUAGCAAGCAGUCUUAAAUUUUGCGUUUUGCUUAGUGUUCAGGAAUG